AUGAUAUAUGGGGAUAUUCCAACUGAGAUCGGUGAACUUGUAAACUUAGAGAUGAUGUAUUUGUGGUCAAACCAACUCACGGGUAGUGUUCCUGAUUCUGUUGGCAUUUUGAAUCCCGUUAAAUGGCUGUGGUUCCAGGGCUCAAAUGCACCUCGAGUUUCCAGUUACAUGCCUGAAGAAAUUUUUACCUUCCCAUCUUUAUCAAAAUUCUUAGACCUCUCAAGCAAUAGUUUAAUUGGUUUCCUGCCUUCAAAAAUCAGUGGUUUACAACAUCUAGUCCUAUUGAAUCUUUCUAAAAACAUGUUGUCUGGUACUAUUCUAGAGAGUUUCGACAGCUUCAUAAGCUUAAGGGAGCUUUACAUGUUUAAUAACUUCUUUCUAGGCAAUCUUUCCCCUAUGAGUUCCAUGAAUAGCUUGGAAAUCACAUGUAUAUCUCACAACAACAUCACGGGCAAUCAAGGUUUUAAGAACCUAUUAAAAACGUUCUUAAGGAACUUGAACCUAUCUUAUAAUGAUUUGACAGGUGAGGUACCAAUAGAAGGAGUUUUCAAAAACUCAAGCCAAGUGUCAGUUGAUGGAACAGUGAGCUUUGUGGAGGAAUUCCAGAUUUAUAGCUCCCAUUAUGCUCCAUAA